UGCGUCAUAUUUAGACAAUAUUAAAAAUUUGGUAAAAAUUAAAAGCAAUCAUAUAAUGAGCCCCUCUCAAUACUUUAGGUGGGCCGGACACAUAUUAGGGUGGACCAGACACACCCUGGCCCUCCUUUAGCCAAGUGCCUUCCUACCUACCAUAUACAUUAGGACAUAAUGUAAUUUAUAUUCAUCAAAUGUAAAGAAUUUAUAAAACUAUACAUUAUAAUAUACCUAAUAGUAUAUUAAUAUAUACCUUUUAAAUCAAAAGAGAUCUUCUAGCUCCUACAUUUUACAUUUUACAUUUACAUUUUACAAUUUGAAGUUAUGAUAACGUUCUUUUAUGAUAAGCCAGCCAAAUGCCUUACUGCGGGAAAGCCCUCGUUUUAUGGGCCCAUUUAAAAUAGAUAACAAUGUUGAUAAAACAUUAGUGAUAGUAAAACAGAAUAUUUAGAUAAAUGAUAAACAUGAAAAAUAUUUUUGUAUUACAACUUACCAGACGAAGUGAAUAAAUUCUUAAAAAUUAAUAGUAUAUGUUCUAAGAUUUCUUAACAAAAUGUUGUCAUCACUUGUAAAAGAACAUCAAGCAAAACAAGCUGUCCGCAAAGAGAGUCAAGAUAUUAAAAGAAAAGAGGCGGUGGAUGCUGCUAAUGAACUGACAAAUGCUUUAGUCGAACAUCUUAACGUUGGUGUUGCACAAGCAUACCUCAAUCAAAAAAAAUUAGAUGCUGAAGCAAAACAAUUACAUCAGAGCGCAAUUGUUUUUUCCAAACAAACCUCUCAAUGGCUAUCACUUAUUGAUAAUUUUAAUUGUGCACUUAAGGAAUUGGGUGAUGUUGAAAACUGGACACGUACCAUUGAAAAUGACAUGCGUAACAUAACCACUACUCUAGAAUAUGCCUAUAAAGUUACACAAAAAUCAUAACUACUACAUUCCAUUAAAAGGAAAUUCUAGAAACCGAAGGCAAAGUUUGAGGUAUCGACAAUUUCAAGUUAAAUAAGUUCGAGUUAACCAAGCUUGAAUUUAUAUCGAAAUGGACAGAGAAAUAGUUUAAACAUGUAGCAAGAUAAAAAGAUU